AUGGCGGCCACCACGGGAGUGACCCUCCUGGUCCUGUUGCUCUACUGCGGGCAGGGAGCCGAGCUCCCGCCGACCAGCGUGACCUCAGAGCGUCCGCAGCGACCCCAAGGGAGCUCAGGGUGGGUCCCGGGCUGUGGUCUCUGCUCCGGCCUCCAGCCUUGGCAGACACCGGGCUGGCCUGACCCCGAGGACAGCUCAGGGCGGGUCCCGGGCUGUGGUCUCUGCUCCGGCCUCCAUCCUCAGCGGACACCGGGCUGGCCUGACCCCGAGGCCGGGAAGGGGGCAGCCCUGGGCCCCGCGAGGGCAGAGGUCACCGUCCUGAUUCCCCGGAUGGAGCAGAGCACGCCCGCAGAGCUCCACGGCGAGCCCGUGCGGGGCCAGGACGCGUGCUGUGCAGACACGGGGCAAGCAGCGUCGUCCCCGCGCGGGCACAGGGCCGGGGGACCCCGGACGGCAGAGGAGACGCCGGCGGACAGGCAGCCACCCUGA